UACACAAAACAAAAAUUUUCCAAUGUGUGAAAAAAUAUUGUUUAUUUAAGAAAACGUGUGAAAUAAUAAGAAAAUUUAACAAAAAAACAAAGAAAAGAACAGUUCUUAAUAUUAAUUUACAUUGUAAUUUAUAGAACAAGAUCUGUAAAAUCGUUAUUUAUAUCACAGGGCGCAAAGCGCAAGGUACACACACACAAGCAAUGGCCGCGAAUGAUUCCGGCGUAGAGACAAGCAAUGAUAGUAACGAUGGGGUCAGCAGUGUCGCCGUAAAUAUUGGUGUCGGAUUAUCAAUGGGCAUUGGAACUGGUAUAAGUAAAAUAAUUGAUAUUACUCCCCCGCCAGCAAUAAUGCCACCAACUCCUACGUCAUCGCCUAACACACAUGAGUGGCCAAAUUUCAGUCCGAAUGCAUUCCAGCUGAAUCGCGGCGAACAUUUUGCGUUACCACAUUUGCCACCACUGCCGCUCAAUUCCGAUUAUUUACUUCAUCCGAGCAACCUGCCAUCAGGAAGUCAUUUAUCACAAUUUAAAAUGCGACUUCGUACGCGUAGUAAGCAGCGUUUAAGGUCAAAUUAUAACAAUAUUUUGGCGGAAUCAAAUGGACGCAAGCUGCGCACUGCCGCUACCACCUGCAAUAUUGAAUUAUUAACACGUGUAUUAGAAUCUGGGGCAGAUCCUAAUGCGGCUGAUGAAUAUAAACGUAGUCCAUUACAUUUGGCCGCUUGUCGUGGUUACAUACAAAUCGUCCAACAGUUGCUGAAGUUCGGCGCUAAUCCUAAUGUUGUUGAUUCACUUGGCAAUACCCCUCUACAUCUUGCCGUUAUUUCAGCAAGUUCUAAUAAUUUCAAUGUAGUGGUGCGUGUACUUCUUCAGGGUGGCGCAAGUGUGCAUAUGUACGAUCGCAGUGGUAAAACGCCCUUAGAACUAGCAGAGGCAAAAUUACGAUUAUUGCGAACACGCUAUGACCGUCCCACACCAGAAUCAGCAAAAAUAUUGGAAGAUAUGUGUAUGUUGACAACGCUCAUUUUGCGUUACAUGGUAAAACAACAACGUGAGCUUGAAGAUCUAUCUGCCCUUGAGCAACGGCUACAGAAUUUGAGUACCAGCGACGACCAAGAUCAGGUUGUUUCGCAGACAGCGGACGAACUGCUGGCAAGUGUAGAGCGUCUGUCCAUUAAUAAAUAAGCAGCAUGGGUACAGCAAUUAAUGAUGGCUCAAUAAAAUAAAUUCAGUUUUCCUUUUAUGUCCUCGCUUGAAGUGGCAACGUAAAAAAAUCCCAUGUUUAAGUUUGUAAUGCAUUUAGAACAAAAAAAUGCAGCAAGCAAAUAAGUACAAUAAGUUAUUUAUCAAAAAAUUAAGCAAUUCGAUAUAAAAACUUUUUGGAUCGUCUGGUCUUUGUAAUUAAAUACAAAAAUUUUAAACAGGUCGUUAAAAGCUUUAAACGUUUUUUGUAACAGUUAAUUUUGGAUUAUAAUUAUUAUUAUUAUUUUUUUGUGUUUUCAAAUACACAAUGUUUGACCCAAUAGUAUUAGAUUUUUAUUUGCUUUUGAGGUCCAAUUGUGGAUUGUUCUGUUCUGAUUUUUAGCAUCACUGGAUAUAUUUUCAAAAUGUUUUUAUUCCGCAAUGAUCUAACAUAUUUUGAAUAUAUUCGUAUAUAUAUUUUUUUUCAUUUUUGAAAUACUUUGAUUUAUAUAUUACUUAAAUAUAGUAAGUCAUUAUUUUUUAAAAAUAUAUGAUUAACGACUUUAGUUUUAAUUGAUUAUAGAAUGUUUGGCUUUGCCCCUAGCGUUACAAAAGCAGAACACAUUACAACGGUAUUCGAAAAUUUUAAGUUUAAAAUUAAGCUAAAUUUACAAUAUAUACAUACAUAUAUGAUAAUGUAAAUGAAAAAUAUAGGAAACAUAAUUGAAAUGUCAGUUGCAUAUAUAGAAAUCAAUCAGAGCGGGAUUCAACAAAUACAUAAGAUGCAUUCAAAUAUAUAUACAUGUACAUGUAAAAUGUGAACUAUAUACCUAUAUGUAAUAGAGAAACAACCACACCGAAAAGCUAAAAAACUUUAUUGAUAAAAUAACUAAACUGUAUGUAAUUUCAAAUUAAUGAGUGUGAAAAUAAAGGCAUUUGCCAUUCAAACAAAAAUGU